AAGUGGCAAAACCUUUACCAAGUUUCAUAUCAUUCAGAUGAAGAAAAAAAAAUUCUAUAUAACCAAAAUGUUAUUUUUUUUUUAGUCAAAAGACAGAAGAGCACAAGAGGGUUAAAAAUAUCUUCGUGUUUUAAAGAUGAACAAAAGUCUUUUAGAACAACAUGUUGAAAAUCAAAGUUCAUAUUUGUGAUAUUUGUCUAAUAUCCACCUACAAAUUACACACUCAUAUUUGGAUAUUAGUAUUUACUACCUUGUGAUAAAAUCUAACUCUAUCAUAUUAGUAUGGCUCUAUUCCACCAUUGCUUGAAUCAUGUCCUGCCCUAUGAGGUAAUUUGCAAAAUAAACAAUCAGUCAUCCAUAUUAAUUAUGCCUAUAAAAGUGCAAAUGUUUUAUCAAGUCAGUUGCAUGUGUCCACAGUUGAGCUCAAUCUUUGCAAUGUCUGUCUUUCUUUACACACUCUUGCUUACUUUUCAACGUCAUGCAAAGGCAGAAAAGCCUUUUUGCCGAAUGAUGGGAGACCCCAAAUAUCCGCUGUUAUCCAAGGAUGGAGAAGUAACUAUUGGAGCACUUUUUUCAGUCCACAGCAUAGAGUCAUUACCUUCAUUUGAGUUUACACAAAAACCUCUGCUUCUAUCAUGCUCAAGUGUGAGUCUAAGAGAUUUUCGAAUGGCUCAAACCAUGAUCUUCACCAUUGAAGAGAUUAACAGAAAUGAAAGUUUGUUACCAAAUGUUUCUAUUGGCUACCAAAUUUAUGAUACAUGUGGUUCAAGACUGUCUUCUAUGAGUGCAACUAUGGCAUUGAUGAAUGGUCCAGAAUUUACAGCAGAAAACAGAUGCAAUAGACAGUCUCCUAUACAUGCUAUCAUAGGAGAAACAGAGUCUUCUGCCACAGUGAUUCUGUCCAGAACUACAGGACCUUUUAAAAUUCCAGUGAUAAGUCCCUCAGCCACAUGUGAAUGUCUCAGUAAUAGGAAAGAAUAUCCUUCCUUCUUCAGGACUAUUGCUAGUGAUUACCACCAGAGCAGAGCACUAGCAUACAUAGUCAAGCACUUUGGCUGGACUUGGGUGGGAGCUGUGAACACCGACAAUGACUAUGGAAACAAUGGAAUGGCAAUAUUUUUGAAUACAGCCCAGGAAGAGGGAAUUUGUGUGGAGUACUCUGUGAAAUUCUAUCGAACAGAGCCAGAAAAACUCCAAAACGUGGUAGACAUAAUAAAAAAAGGCACUGCAAAAGUGAUUGUUGCAUUUCUUACCAGUUCUGAAAUGUACAAUCUACUCGAGCAGCUAAGUAUUCAGAACAUUACAGACCUCCAAAUGAUUGGAGUGGAGGGAUGGAUAACUGCAAAGAGUUUGAUCAUUCCAAACAGUUUUCGUGUGCUAGGAGGGUCACUGGGGUUUGCAGUGCGAAAAAAUGAUAUCGGAGGUUUUGCAGAUUAUGUUAUAAAAGCAUUCUGGGAAACAGCUUUUCCAUGCUCACAGACUGAGGGGAAUUUUUCUCAAUAUGCAUUAAGUUGUAACAAAUAUCAGGAUCUACUUGCGCUGAAAAACUACAAUGAAGAUGUGCCUGAACAAAGAUAUUCAAGCAAUGUCUACAAAGCAGUUUAUGCUGUGGCUCAUUCACUACACAGUCUACUCAAGUGCAAAGAACAAGCAGGUUGUGAGAAAGGCCUGACAAUACAACCACAGCAGGUUGUUGAGGCUCUGAAAAAUGUCAAUUUCACUGUAAAGAUGGGAGAUCGUUUGUGGUUUGAUAGCUCUGGUGCCGCAGUAGCGCAAUAUGAAGUUGUGAACUGGCAGCAGGACUCAAAUGGAUCAGUUGAAUUUAAACCAGUGGGAUACUAUGAUGCCUCACUUCCUCCUCACCAGCGCUUUGUACUCAACACUGAAAACAUAAUCUGGGCUGGAGGACAGCUAGAGAAGCCAAGGUCUGUGUGCAGUGAGAGCUGUCCUCCAGGCACUAGGAAGGCUGCACAGAAAGGAAGACCUGUCUGCUGUUAUGACUGUAUUCCAUGUGCAGACGGAGAAAUCAGUAACGAGACAGAUUCAAAUAACUGCAAGCAGUGUCCAGGGGAAUACUGGUCUAAUGCUGAGAAAAAUAAAUGUGUGUUAAAGGCUGUAGAGUUUCUGUCAUUCACUGAAGUUAUGGGUAUGGUGCUAGUCAUUUUCUCACUGUUUGGAGUAGGAUUAACUGUGCUUAUGGCCAUCCUUUUUUACAGAAAGAAGGACACCCCUAUAGUAAAAGCCAACAACUCAGAGCUGAGCUUCCUGCUGCUCUUCUCACUGAUUCUUUGUUUCCUCUGUUCACUUACUUUCAUUGGUCGGCCCACUGAGUGGUCCUGUAUGUUGCGUCACACAGCAUUUGGGAUCACUUUUGUCCUCUGUAUCUCCUGUGUUCUGGGGAAAACAAUAGUGGUGUUAAUGGCCUUCAAGGCCACACUUCCAGGAAGUAAUGUCAUGAAAUGGUUUGGGCCACCUCAACAAAGACUAAGUGUUCUUGCCUUUACACUUAUACAAGUUCUUAUCUGUGUGCUUUGGCUAUCAAAAUCACCUCCAUUUCCCUACAAAAAUUUGAAAUAUUAUAAUGAAAAGAUUGUUCUUGAGUGCAGUCUGGGUUCUGCUAUAGGUUUCUGGGCUGUUCUAGGUUAUAUUGGCCUGCUGGCUUUCUUGUGCUUCAUUCUGGCUUUUCUGGCUCGCAAGCUGCCUGACAACUUUAAUGAAGCUAAAUUCAUCACAUUCAGUAUGCUUAUAUUCUGUACAGUAUGGAUCACAUUUAUCCCAUCUUAUGUCAGUCCUCCUGGGAAAUUUACUGUAGCUGUGGAGAUAUUUGCAAUUUUAGCUUCAAGCUUUGGUUUACUAUUCUGCAUAUUUGCACCUAAAUGUUAUAUAAUUCUGUGUAAGCCUGAACAAAAUACAAAGCAACAUCUGAUGGGAAAAGGUUCCAUAUAGAUUGUAUUAAGAAAUAAACUGACAUAUAUUAACAUUGCACAUUUUGGUGUUUAUUCAGUAACAUAAACAACGUUAAAGCAUGUACAAACAAACUGAUUAACAAUCAACCCAACUUUGACAUUAAACAUCACAUAUUUAUCUAAGUUAUUAAAUAACAAAAAGACAAAUCAAUGUGAUCUCAUGGUAUUUGAGUGCAUUUUACAUAAAUGUUGUACUACACAAUUGGCUCAUUUAAUUCAUUUGAACAGAACAUUUUAUUCUGUUCUGUAUAUCUUCUUGUGUCAGAUCAUUUCAAAAGAUUACGGUAACACUUUAUUUUAGGGUCUUUUAACUAGUUGCUUCUUAGCAUGCAUAUUACUAGAAUAUUGGCUGUUUAUUAGUGAU